UUCUUAUCACUUUUAAAAAGAACAGCAAAGUAAAAAGUCGCUGCUAAAUGAAAUUUAUACAAAAUUAAAAUAAUAAUUGUGAAAAAAUAAACUUUGUGUAAUGCAUAAGAUAUUAGUAGUUGUGUGUUGUGCUAUAAUUGCAUCUAUAUUAGUUUCUACAACAGAAGCUAAAGGUGGAAGAGGGGGUGGAGGUAGAAGUGGUGGAAGAAGCGGUGGUAGAAGUUCUAGUGGAAGAGGAGGAUUCUUUGGUAGUAGUAAGAGUAGUAGUUUUGGUAGCAGUAAAAGUAGCCACUUUGGAGGCAACCAUGGAGGAUCCCAUACCAGUGGUGGCUGGGUUCAUGGUUUCUUUCACAGUACACCUUACCGAUAUAGCUACAGACCCGUAUAUAUAAGUAGAACAAGUACACAUACAGGUUCAUAUCAUGUGCCUAACAAAGAAGAAGAGGAAGCUGCAGAUCACAAUAAAGAUACUGGAAAUUAUGCCGUGGGUUACUCCAUUAGCAAAGCACUGAGCAAUGAUUUCUUCUCCAUUUUUAAUGUAGUUCAUGAUAUUUCAAAAUAUCCCGAAAAAAUCAGAAAUAAGGAACUGACAACUACAACAACAAAAAGUCCAGUAGAUACAUAUGAUUUAAAUUACAUUAUAAAUACCCCCUAUACAACAACAAGUUCUAUAUAUAAUACUGAUCCUAAAUCAUAUUUUCUUGAUGACGAUACUCUUUUCGACAUGAUUACAUCCAAAAAGACCUCGAAUAGUAAAGAAAACAUUCGUCAAGAUUAUGAUAAAAUACAACCCAAUGUUGGUAAUUUAGAUAAUGUUUUUGAAGAAAUAGUUACUGAAAGCACUACCUCGAUAGUUGAUUACAUUAAUUCCAAUUAUGAUUCAAAACCAAUUUCUGAUGUUAAACACAUUUCUGAGAGGGAUAACACUUUGUCCAACACUGGAAUAAUUUCUGAUUACAAUAACGAAAGUAUUCAGAAAAUGUUAAAAGAAAUUCAAUCAAGCGUCGUAAAUUUUGACCAUCUUUUAGAAGAAGAUACUACAAAAAGAACUGAGAAGAACGAGCCAAAUGAUUCGGUAGAUGAAAUGUUGAAACAAUUGCAGAAAAAUAUGGAAUCGUUUAAAUUGUAUUAGUAAUAUGUUAUUGUUUUCAUAUUUAUAAUUAUUAUUUUGGCGUUUAGAUUUAGAAAUAAAUUUAUGCAUAAGUUUAUAUUUUAAAGUA